AGUUAAACUGACCUUGUUACAAAAACAACACUCCUUUCCGCUGUCACAAAUGUUCUCUGUAGUCUCGUAUCCUUUCCUUCUUGGUGGCACAAGGGACCGACAACCCUUCCCUUGCCCUCGCUUUCCACCAAGUGAGAACCAGGUUCCUUUCCGUUCGUUCCCUGGCAAUGUAACAGGUGAGGGUAGAGGAGGAGGAAGAAGGGUUGAGGGUGGCCGGCUAUGGUGGACGGGUGCGAGUGAUGGAGGAAGAAUAGGGUUGGAGGUGGUCGGCUAUGGUGGACGGGCGUGGGUGAAGGAGGAGGAAGAAGGGUUGAGGGUGGUUGGCUAUGGCGGACGGGCAUGGGUGAAGGAGGAGGAAGAAGGGUUGAGGGUGGUUGGCUAUGGCGGACGGGCAUGGGUGAAGGAGGAGGAAGAAGCGGCCGACUAUGGUGGACGGGCGUGGGUGAUGGAGGAAGAAGAAGGGUUGGAGGUGGUCGACUAUGGUGGACGGGUGUGGGUGAUGGAGGAAGAAGAAGGGUUGAGGGUGACCGGCUAUGGUGGACGCGUGCAGGUGAUGGAGGAAGAGGAAGGGUUGGAGGUGGUCGGCUAUGGUGGACGCGUGCGGGUGAUGGAGGAAGAAGAAGGGUUGGAGGUGGUCAGCUAUGGUGGACGGGCGUGGGUGAUGGAGGAGGAAGAAGGGUUGAGGGUCGUUGGCUAUGGUGGACGGGUGAGGGUGAUGGAGGAAGAAGAGGGGUUGGAGGUGGUUGGCUAUGGCGGACGGGUGUGCGUGAUGGAGGAAGAAGAAGGGUUGGAGGUGUCGGCUAUGGUGGAUGGGUGUGGGUGAUGGAGGAAGAAGAGGGAUUGGAGGGGGUCGGCUAUGGUGGACGGGUGUGGGUGAUGGAGGAGGAAGAGGGGUUGGAGGGGUUGGAGGUGUUCGAGCUUGGAGGAGCGGUGGCGGCAGUGAAAGCUUAACCCCAUGUCCGGUUGCAUCAAGGGUUAAGGGUGGACUGAACAGGUUACCGGGGACUGCAACACACACACACAUACACAUACCGGGAGUCACAAGUUACAACAACGGGUAGGGGUGGACUGAACAGGUUACUGGGGACUGCAACACACACACAUUCGCACCAAACACAGCCAAAAGAUAAGUUUUGACGCAAUCUAUUAAAGG